AUGAAGCUUGCCUCCGCGGAGAGGGAGCUGUCCAAAAUGGAGGCGUUGAAGUCGGAGCUGGAGUCGCUGAAGAAGCAGCUGGGGGAGCGCGAUGUGAAGAUUGAAGAGCUUGAGGCUGAAAUCAAGAGACUUACCGAGCUUCUGAAGAAAUCGGCCAAGAGCGAAGGAAAGCCUGGAAAGAAAGAGCCCAAGGCUCCAAAGGAGGAAAAGGAGGCAAAGAAGGAGAAACGCUACAAGCAGGACACUGGGCCUGCGCGAGAAAGCCCCUCCAAGCCAACAGUGGCGGCAACAGAAGGUGAAGACAAACCGCCGCCGGCAGAGAAGCCUCCCGAGCCCGACGAGGUGCCAUCUGAGAGCGAGGAUGAGGAGAGUGAGGAAGAAGCUCCGCCUCCGCCCAAGGUUUUCGAGGAUAAGUGUGUUGGCAAUGGUCCUGGGAAAGGCUUGCAGGACCAGCCGCUGAUAUGCAAGGGCCGGGGGCUGAAGCAGGAGGAGGAGCUGAAUAAGACAGGGCGUGUUUACGAGCGCAACCUCGUGGAGCAGCCAACGCUGAGUCUGAGCAACACUCCCGGCCUUGCUACCACACUGGACCUGGACAACACCCUGGCACGGCUGAAAGGCGCCCGAGGAGUUGGGGUAUACGCGGGUGGUAGCUCAAUGCUCGGAGGCGUUCAGUUCGCCAGCACCUGGUCUUCAAAAUCCACGCCGCACUUGCUGGCGAAUACCUGGCCGGAGGCGGAGCCGUACUUGACCCAGGUUUGGGAGCACAACCCGAAAGGUCACAAGGCGCCAGUGAAGCGGGAGCUCAUUAAGCUUGGGGCCAUCUCACCUCAGCGGUCGACGAUGCAGUCCAUGGAUACGUCUUUGGGCGCAACCAAUACAACCAACGCAAUCAGCUCAACGAGCCCAGCGACGACGACACUGGUCAGCACCGCAACGGUGAAGGACGUGCUCGCAGCAGCUGCUUCAUAG